AUGGCAAUUAAUAAUGUGAUGGAUGUAGUUGAUUCAAUACUUUCAUUAAUCUAGUGUAUAGCUGAUAUUUAGAGGCUAGAUAUAAAUAUUUCAAUAGGGAUGGUAUGUAGAAUAAUAUUUUUUGUUAUUGUGAUAAUUUUGCGAGAUUUAAAAAGUUAUCCUUUAAGUGAAUUAAUAGCAUAAAUUGUUGCAUGGUUAGUUUUCCAUAUUUAUAUUUUGUACUUUGAAAAAGAAUACUUUGCAUUAGGUGAAUCAAAAAUUUUUAAUAGAGAAAGAAGAUUUAAAAUUAUGGAUACAUUAUAAUUAAUAAUAGGAACAACAUAUUUGGCCUGCACUUUUGGGUCUUCCUUAGAAAUAUUAGCUUUGGUUUUUUUUUCAAUAAACUUAUUUUGUAAUUGUUGUGAAUUAAUUUAUAUUUAAUUCAUUAGAAAAACACAUUUAAAUGAUUAUAAUAAAUAGGGAGGAUAUAAAGAAAUGUAUUUUGGUUUCUUACUGGGAUCUGUUGGUGUUAUUAUAUUUUUGAUAAAUUCAACUUUUAAAUAUUCUAAAGAAAUUAGUAAUUCAGGAAGUUUGGGUGCUGCAGUAUAUUUAACAAUAAUUGGAGAAAUUUUAGUAGUGAUAUUCUCAUUAUUCUACUUUUGUAGAUAUGAAUAAGAUCUAUGUUGGGCAUCAGAUUGGACUAAAAGAAUUUUGGCAAUUCUUUAUGGCCUCAAUGUUGGAUGUUUCAGUAUAUUUUAUGGAUUUUUAACAGGAGUAGCAGCACUUUGUUAUUUCUUAUAUUUAAUAUUCAAAAAAAGUGAAGAGCCAUAAGAUAGAGAAAAAGUACCCACUUCAUGA